AUGCCAUUGGGCAUCUAUCAGCUUCCAGACCUGCUCUCCAUUUGUCCUAAGAAGACCGGUCAUAUCGUCAGUCCUAGUUUUGAAGAAACGAAGCACAGUUACGAACAAUGGGUCAGAGACAAUAUCGGUUAUUUUGCUGCGAUUAAAUUCGCCAAAAUACAGAUGCCUCUGCUUGCGGCUCUUAUCUGUCCCAAGGGUGGCUUUCGAGACCUACGAGCGAUCCUCGAUUGCAUGUCGAUGCAGUACAUACUUGAAGAACUCACCGAUCGAUGUUCGAGCGAAGCGGCUAAGAGCCAGUGCGAUUUAUGGAUCGAGAUACUCAAGAACCCCGAAGCUGGCGAGGGCCACCGCCACCCGUUCAUCAAACUCAUCGCGAAACAAAUGGUGACACGCAUGAAAGAUGCUGUGGAUCCAUAUCACUGGCCUCAGUUCAUACAGUCCUGUGACGAAUAUGCAAAGAACACCGCACAAGAGGCACUCGAUCGUGAAACAUUAAAGGACGCUUCAGCGACCCGCCGCGUUGCUGCAUACAUGAUCAUGCGAAGAGAGUCCAUCGGAGUUCGGCCGAGUUUAGUUGUGAUGCGGUCCAUUCGCAAGUUAUAUUUGCCCGAGCACGUCCUGAAACACCAUGUUGUAGCUGAGAUGGAGAAUACUGCCCUCGACAUGGUGUAUAUCACCAAUGACAUCUAUUCGUUCAAAAAAGAGCUCAACGAAGACGGAGCUCUGAACAACAUCAUCAACAUUAUACAAAAAGACCCGAAGACCCAGCAUCUUGAUCUUCAGGCAAGAAUCAUUCAUGCAGGCGAGCUAUUUCAGGGUGCCCUAGAUCGUUUCAAAGCCUGCAGAGAUAGCCUUCCAAGCUUUGGUAACGAUGAAACAGAUAAGCAAGUUGCAGCAUACGCAGACGGUUUGGUGGACUGGGUUGUGGGUAACGUGGAGUGGAGCGUUGUCACACCACGCUACAGAGUCUUCGCGAAUGAUGCUGACAGACGAAACAACAUCCUGAGACUGGAUGAUCGUUGGUUUAUGUCUUGGAAGUUUCAGCUUCUGCUCCUGAUCAGCAUCGUUAUUGCCUGUAUUUCACUCGCCACCUUGUGA